ACACGUUUCCGUUUUUACGUUGGUGAAAAGUAAAGUAAUGAUAGUCCCGUUAGCACGUGACGCACGAUUGUAGUUUCGUGUUUCCUGUGAAGGGAGUGGAGUGUUGUGCAGAGAAGAGAAUAGAAAGAUGAGCGUCGCAAUGAAUACUAGCGUAGUUGGAGUUGGAGCGGGCACUACUCAGAAUCAGAAUCACAAUCACAAUCACAACGUUUUUGUUUAUGGAAGCCUCCUUGCCGAUGAGGUUGUUUGUGCCCUCUUGAAACGCGUCCCUCCAUCUUCACCCGCUACCCUCUCCGACUAUCACAGAUUUAAGAUCAAAGAUCGCGUUUAUCCUGCUAUCCUCCCCGUUCAUACCAAGAAAGUCACUGGCAGAGUUCUUCUUGGCAUCUCUGGAGUUGAACUCGAUAUUUUAGAUGAGUUUGAGGAUGUUGAGUAUACUAAAACUGAUGUUGAGGUUUUCUUAAUGGACAAUUCUGAAAAUUUGAGAGUUUAUGCUUAUGUUUGGAGCAAUCCAAAUGAUCCUGAUUUAUAUGCUGAGUGGGAUUUUGAGGAGUGGAAAAAAGAUCACAUGAAUGAUUUCGUCAAGAUGACUGAUAGCUUCAUGCAACAGUUGGAAUUGCCAGAAUCAAAGCCAAGAGUUCAGACUUAUGAAACCUUCUAUAAGCAAGAAAACGAUAAGCCACUUGACCCUUGAUGCUUACAGCUUGUAAAAAUUCUGCAUUAUGUUUACUGUGCAGUAUUGUAUGAUACUAUUUUUCUUAAUAAUUAUCAGUUUCUCUUGGAAUCAUACAUAUGAUGAUUUCAACAAGUAUAUUAAUGUUUUUUUUACAAUGGCAAGGUAGUGAUAUAUUUAUGAUCAAA